CUCGCGUUCAUUUCAUUCCUGCUCUCAUUCCGAGCAUUCUUCGCAUCUCUAUCGGUGCGGCGGAGAUUCACGUUCACAUUCCCGGCCGGCCCCCAAAAAACACAAGAAUAACUUUAAACACAGUUUGCAAAAAAAAAAAAAAAACUAUACAAACCCACACUAGAACAAAAACAAAGGGGCCGAACUUAAAUGUUGAUAUAAAUAAAGAAAGCGGACGUUAAGUUGGCUAUUUCGGAGCGGUGCACAAAUAUAUCGAGGAGAGACUUGUUGCUCGCGCAUCUUUGGCGUUUAUUCUCCAACUUCUGUUCAGAUCUCAGCCGAUUCACCCUAGUCUGCUCCAGGCUUCGGCUUGGAGGUCCCAACCGCCACCAUUGAUCCCAACAGCUGGAGUGGCAGUGAAAGCUCUGCCGAGGAUAUUGAGAGGAUGAGCGACUCAGCCGACAAGCCCAUUGACAAUGACGCUGAGGGGGUGUGGAGCCCUGACAUAGAGCAGAGCUUCCAGGAGGCACUGGCCAUCUACCCGCCCUGUGGACGCCGCAAAAUUAUCCUCUCGGAUGAAGGCAAGAUGUAUGGUCGGAAUGAGUUGAUUGCCAGAUACAUUAAACUCAGAACUGGGAAGACAAGGACACGGAAACAGGUGUCUAGUCACAUACAGGUCUUAGCAAGAAAGAAAGUUCGAGAAAUCCAAGCUGCCAUCAAGGUGUCUAGUCACAUUCAGGUUCUUGCCAGAAGGAAAUCUCGUGAAUUUCAUUCCAAGCUAAAGGUGACAAGCAUGGAUCAGAGCGUGAAGGACAAAGCUCUUCAGAGUAUGGCCUCCAUGUCCUCGGCUCAGAUCGUCUCUGCAACAGCCAUCCACAACAAACUGGGUCUUCCGGGCAUCCCGCGUCCUGCCUUCCCCGGAGCAGCAGGGUUUUGGCAGGGCAUGAUAUCCACGGGCCAGCCUGGAUCCUCACAAGACAUUAAGCCAUUUGCCCAGCAAGCGUACCCUAUCCAGCCAGCUGUCACAACUACAAUCUCAAGUUAUGAGCCCGCGACAGCACCGGCGCCCACAGUUCCCGCCUGGCAGGGCCGAUCUAUUGGCACAUCGAAACUCAGGCUUGUGGAAUUCUCCGCUUUUCUGGAGCACCAGAGAGAUCCAGAUUCUUAUAACAAGCAUCUUUUCGUGCACAUCGGUCAGACAAAUCACUCUUACAACGAUGCCUUGCUCGAGUCGGUGGAUAUUCGUCAGAUUUACGACAAAUUCCCUGAGAAGAAAGGAGGGCUGAAGGAAUUGUUUGGCAAGGGUCCUCAGAAUUCAUUCUUUCUCAUAAAGUUCUGGGCUGACUUAAACUGCAACAUUCAGGAUGAAACCGGGGCCUUCUAUGGAGUGACCAGUCAGUACGAGAGCCCGGAGAACAUGACCAUCACCUGCUCCACAAAAGUUUGCUCGUUUGGAAAACAGGUUGUGGAGAAAGUGGAGACGGAGUACGCUCGCUUUGAGAACGGCCGCUUUGUUUACCGGAUAAGUCGGUCUCCCAUGUGUGAAUACAUGAUCAACUUCAUCCACAAACUCAAACACCUGCCUGAGAAAUACAUGAUGAACAGCGUCCUGGAGAACUUCACCAUCUUAUUGGUGGUAACAAACAGAGACACACAGGAGACCCUGCUGUGCAUGGCCUGUGUGUUCGAAGUGUCAAACAGCGAGCACGGAGCCCAGCAUCACAUCUACAGACUAGUGAAGGAAUGAAGCAGCUCUUUCACACAGACUCUCGACCUCAGUACAGUGGCAGUGCCUCUAGCUCAACACUAACUCAAGAUGAUUUUCACUCACAUUUGGGUGAUGCUUCUAAUGAUAUAUAUAUAUAUAUUUCUUUAUUAAUAUGUGUUUGACGUUUAACUGCAGCUGUGAAUGGCGGUACAGUUGUAUUAAGUUUUAAUACAGGAAAGAAUGUCAAAGAA